AUGGGAAUAGUGUCGAUCGCCUCACACUGCUGGACUGCACUGAACAACACUAACUUCAUUUGUGUUUCUGCGCAUUGCAUUGGGAAAGACUGGAAACUGCACAAGAAGAUUAUCAGUUUUUGCAAGGUUGAAAGUCAUAACGCAAGUACCAUUGGCGAUUCUAUAGUCAUGUCGCUGAAAGAGUGGGGAUUGACUAAUCUGUUUUCUUGCACUAUGGAUAUUGCACCCGAAAAUGAGAAGGCAGUUCAACAUGUCAAGUAUCACGUGGAGACGUUGAACAAGUAUACGAUUGAUUGCAAAAAGCCGUUGUGCUUGCAUGUUCCGACUCGUUGGGACUCUACUUAUUUGAUGCUAGAGUCGGCUCUACCUUACGAAGAAGCAUUCACGCUUUCUAAGAAUCAGCAUUCUUGUUUUGUGGAAGUUUUGAAGCAGAGAAAACACAAUGAUCUUUCUAUUGGACCGCCUAAAAAAGAAGAUUGGGCGAAUGUGAAGAACAUGAUGGAAUACCUCAGGAAGUUCUACGCGUUGACUCGCGUCUUUUCUGCCACCAGAUAUCCCACAUCACAUUUAUUCUUUGCAGAGAUGUGUGAUUUCUUUGACCUCAUCUCUACGUUGGAGAUGAGCGAUGAUUCUGGAGUAAGUGCCAUGGCUAGAAAGAUGCGGUCGAAGAUUGGGAAAUAUUGGAGCGAGGAAACUGAAUUAAAUCCGAAUUUGAAUAGAAUUGUGUACAUUGCAGCCGCGCUUGAUCCAAGACAAAAGAUGAGACACGUUGAGACGUGCUUUAAAACAAUCUAUGGAGAAGAACGAGGGGCUGAUAUGGUGAGAGAGGUGACGGACUCAAUGAAUGAGCUGUUUGAGUUUUACAGAGCGCAGGAUGUGACUCCUACACUACCUCGAUUAGUUGAUACAUCUACUGUAGUACCUCGUGUGUGCUCGAAUGGUCGAGUCUCUCUUCGCUUUAUGGCUUUGCAGUCUAGUGUUGACGAAGAAACUAGCGAUGUGAAUGAGCUCACUCUUUAUCUCAAAGCAAAAAGGCACAUGGUGUUGAUGGACGAGAUCGACAACUUUGACAUCUUAAAGUGGUGGUUCGGAGCACCCUUACUACCACGUUUUGAGCAAGAUGGCAAGGGAUAUUUUGGCAAUUCCCGUUUCCAGUGUUGCUUCUGA